AUGCAGCCAUCGAACAGCAGCCCAACACUGCAUUUCGGCCCCGCACCACCGCGGCAGACGCGACGGUAUAAGACGACAAAGAAAGUCACGCUCACGGAGGGAAACCUAGUGCUCGAUUGCCCGGUACCGACAAAGUUGUUGGACGUAUUGCCCAGGAAGAACGGGGACGAGUUCACGACCAUGCGCUACACCGCCGUUACUUGCGAUCCAAAUGAAUUUUCGAGGCAGAAUUAUACCCUUCGUCCCAAGAUGCUGAACCGAGAGACAGAGCUGUUUAUCGUCAUGACCAUGUAUAAUGAGGAUGAAAUUCUAUUCUGUCGAACCAUGCAUGGCGUCAUGAAGAACAUCUCCCAUCUGUGCGCGCGCGACCGUUCCAAGAUGUGGGGUCCCGAUGGCUGGAAAAAGGUCGUCGUCUGCAUCGUCGCCGAUGGUCGCUACAAAUGCAGUCGCCGUGUGCUCAGCGUGCUUGCUAUGAUGGGCGUCUACCAGGAAGGAAUUGCCAAGAAUUCUGUGGGAGGAAAGGAGGUUGCCGCGCAUCUGUACGAGUACACGGCGCAGAUCUCGAUUGAUCCGGAUCUCAAAGUCAAAUCCGCAGACCGCAAGAUCCCGCCGGUACAGAUCUUGUUCUGCUUGAAGGAAAAAAACAAAAAGAAACUGAAUUCUCAUCGUUGGUUCUUCAACGCGUUCGGACCCAUCCUCAACCCGAACGUCUGUGUGCUACUGGACGUGGGAACUCGGCCAGGAAACACGUCGAUCUAUCAUUUGUGGAAGGCUUUUGAUGUCAACAAGAACGUGGCAGGAGCAUGCGGAGAGAUUUGUGCGAUGAAGGGACGCGGCUGUGUCAACCUGUUCAAUCCGCUGGUCGCAGCGCAGAACUUUGAGUACAAGAUGUCGAAUAUCCUGGACAAGCCCAUGGAGUCUGUCUUCGGGUACAUCUCGGUGCUUCCGGGUGCCUUCUCAGCCUAUCGGUAUAAGGCGCUGCUGAACGACGCGAAAGGAAACGGUCCACUGGCUUCGUAUUUUAAAGGCGAGAAUCAAUCUGGAGACAUGGACAACAUCUUUUCUGCCAACAUGUACCUGGCGGAGGACCGCAUCUUGUGUUUUGAGCUGGUCGCGAAGCGUGGAGGACAGUGGACGCUCAAAUACGUGCGAUCGGCAACGGGUGAGACGGAUGUGCCGGAUUCGGUGCCGGAGUUUAUCUCCCAGAGACGACGCUGGCUGAACGGGUCGUUCUUUGCUGCGAUUUAUGCGUUGAGGAAUUCUGGGAAUAUCUGGAGGUCGGACCACGGUACACUCAGGAAGCUGUGGCUCCAUGUUGAGUUCUUUUACAACUUUAUCAGUAUCCUCUUUUCUUGGUUUGCACUGGCCAAUAUGUAUUUGACGUUCUACUUCUUGACGAAAGCCUUGGCGGAUCCAGCGACUGAUCCUUUCGGAAAUGGAUGGGGCGACAGGAUCUAUGAGGUGGUUCGGUACCUGUACAUAUUCCUCAUCUGUGCCCAAUUUAUCUGCUCCAUGGGCAACCGUCCGCAAGGCUCCAAAGGAACGUACACAAUGUCGAUGAUCGCGUUCGGGAUGAUCAUGGGCUACAUGUUGUUCGCGGCUUCGCUGAUCACUAUCAACUCGCUGAAGACAGCGUUUGCGAGGAUCGAUUUUACGCAAGACUCCUUCCAGGUGUUCCUGACGAUCAUUCAGAAUACGGCCUUCAGGGAUAUAAUCUUGUCGCUUGUGUCGACCUACGGGCUCUAUAUCAUCAUGUCGGUGCUCUAUAUGGAUCCCUGGCAUAUGAUUACCAGUUUUGUGCAGUAUAUGUUCAUGAUGCCCAGCUACGUCAAUAUCCUGAACGUUUACGCGUUCUGCAAUACUCACGAUGUCAGUUGGGGAACAAAGGGCGACAAUACGACCCAUUCGGAUCUGGGAGAGGCCAAGAAGGGCGAAGGACAAGUCGUUGAAGUCGAGAUCCCCGUUUCUUCCGCAGAUAUCAACGAGGCUUACGAUGAAGCCAUUUCUGAAUUGUCCCAUAAAGUCCCAGAGGUCCACCAACACCGCAGCGCGGCGACCAAGCAGGACGACUACUAUCGUGGCUUUCGAACCCGGCUUGUUAUGGCCUGGAUUGGCUCUAACGGUCUCCUCGUUGCUCUCAUCAACUCUGCGCCCAUUGAGAAAAAGCUCACCAUGAACGACGGAUCGAAUGCAUAUCUCGCCGCCAUCAUGUGGAGCGUGUUUGGGUUAUCGCUGUUCAGGUUCUUUGGGAGCAUCAUUUACUUGUUCUUCAGCCUCUUUAGUCACUAA